AGUUCGAGCUGGGCUUCCUGCCCAACAUGCCGUGCGCGAUGCGGGAGCCGCCGCCGGCCACCAAGGCGCCCAUCUCGGAGCGGGAUUUCCUGGACGCCCUCCCGGCCGUCAACACCAGCUGCAUCACCCUGGCCGUGCUCUGGGUGCUGCGCAACGAGCCCCUCGACAUGCGCCCGCUCGGCUGCUACCCCGAGCAGCUCUUCACCGAGGAGGCGCCGCGCCGCCUCAUCAGGGACUUCCAGGACCGGCUGGCCCAGAUCUCCAGGGACAUCCGGGCCCGGAACGCCACCAUGGAGCUGCCCUACACCUACCUGGAUCCCCCCAACGUGGAGAACAGCGUCGCCAUCUGAGCCGGACGCCUGGGCCCCUCUGCAAACGGGCCCGGACGCCUGGGCUCCUCCAGCCUUGCCCAACCCGGACGCCUGGGCCCCUCUGCGGACACUCCCCUGGGAUACCUGGGUCCCUUCUAUCUACCUGCCCGGACGCCUGGGCCCGUCUGACAUCUCUCCCGGACGCC